CUCUGGCGAUUAAACCAUCUAAACCCUUUAAAGGUUGUAUAAACCCUAAAGUUUAUACACCCUCUAAGAAAACUGUUCUUGGCUCUCUGUGUGAUGCUUAUGGUCCAGUUCUGGUGUUGAUAUGUGGAAGAAUCCUGGCCCUUUUUUCCCAGUGAAAUAAGUGCUGUUUACAGCGGCUUUUUUAAAGGAGCGUCACAUGGAGACCUUGAACCCCAUCAGCUCCACCAACGGUCGGGAACUUCCAACGGUUCUUACUGCGACCUGGGGGUUAUCUUUGGGGAUACAGGCAGAGGCAUGGAGGUCGGCUUAGGUUCACUCCCUGACACCAUCAACCCUAAUCAUUUUCCUGCCAAGCUGUGGCGUUUGGUGAACAACCCGGCCAAUAAAGGCAUCUGCUGGGACCACCAUGGUGAACUCGUUGUCAUUGACCAGCAGGUGUUCGAGAGGGAGGUCCUGUCUCCAAGCGCCAUCAUCUCAGACAGCACCGAGGCCUUCAAAACCACCAACUUCUCCAGCUUUGUCCGUCAGCUCAACUUGUACGGCUUCAAGAAGGCCGAUGGUCAAACCAACCUGGACAUGAAGGUGUAUCACUGCUUUUACAACCCCAGCUUCAAGCGAGACCACCCUGAGCUGGUUGCGAAGCUGAGGAGGCUCACCGUGGACAAUAAAGCCAAGCUUGAAGCCGGUCUGAGCGUGAACUGCCGGCCCCCGAGUGGCUAUCAGCGCUUUUGUCUGAACGGAGGUGACAGAGACAAACAUGUGAGAGGAGUUUCUCCAGGAGGCUCUUUGUUGCUGAGCCCCACAAUUCCCGAGGCCAGUCCUCCUUACUAUCCACAUAAAAGUCAGGCCAUGAAAUCCUACAGUGGGACCCCUGUGCCACCACGAUACCUGAUGAGGGGCCACCCUUACACCGGAGUAACCUCAAGCUCCAAUGCUGUGAACUUUCAGCAGAGUUUACUGGCCCAAACAAAUCACAGAAGUCCAAAUUUCACCAGUUUUAGUCCUUGUAAUGUGCAAUAUCAGCCUGGCUACUGUUCCUCGGGUUACCAUUGCUACCAUCCCAACCUCGUGGCACCUCAUAUUGCAGGCGGCGGCUUUCAGGCAGGAUUGUUCUCUCCUCAGAGUUAUUACCAGGCAGGAUGUUCUGGAGACAUGUUGUUUCUCAGGGAAAACAGCCAAGGCUUGCAGAAAAAUGAAAACCAGGAGGCAAAAAACUAUGACAUCAACUUGGAAGCAGUUUUUCAGAUCGCGGAUGAGGUCAUGCAGACGCCACCCAGUAUCUGCCUGGUUAAAGUUGAGCCUCAGGAGGAGUUGGUCCCUGCGCCAGAGUCUUCUGCCAACGCCUGUUAUGACAGCAGCAGCGGCAGCACCAUCAGAUCUGACUCCUUCUGUGCGGAACGCACCAUAGUGUCGAGCAAUCAUCCUAUAGUUGCAUACAAAGAGCAGCAAGAGUGUGUGGUGUCGGUACCUGAGCAAAUGCCUGACGAUGCCAUAGUGGAGGUUACCACUGAUGAUGCAAGGGACAGAGAGACGGCAGCUGGUGACAGUCCCGGGGAUUCCAGUCAGGAAUUAUAACAGCGGCUGCACAGGAAAUACACCAGCUCUUCAGAUCUCAGCUUGUUGGUUUGAUUGGCAUGUGACAGGGAGCCCUGAUUCACUCCAGGAUGCGAUCUUAAGUUCUGAAUAUUGCCAUACUGCAGUCUCCAUUUGAAAGAUUACUCAUUGUGCAAAUGUUUGUUGUUCUGUUCUCUUUUAUCUUAUUUCAAAUCUUUUGCAGUAGUAGGCACAGUACCAGUCAAGAGUUUGGACACACUUCAUAUCAGUGGAUGAUUGUGUCCAAACUUUUGACUGGUACUGUAUAUGAUGUGGAUUGUUUGGAGUUGCAUGGUAAUGCCUUUGCUUUACAUCCACUGUAAUUAAAACUGAUGGUUUUAUUUCUGUAAGAUUUUCAUUUACAGCUUUAAAACAUGCAUGACAUGUUUUACAUCCAUAUUGUGAGCAUGAUUUUUUUUAAAGAAUUGAAAUUGCAGGCUCACUGCAUUUUGACACACAUUUUUUAAACAGUAAAAUGGUAGUGCAGUGUUUUAAAAGGAGACAUUAUUUUGGGAGAGAGAAGCACUUUAUCUGCUGAUUGUUUGCUUUACGGUAGUGACCAAGUGGCAGUGGUAUUUUCCUCACUUUUUUAUUUUCCACCAGAUCUCUCCAUAGAUGUACUUUUUAAAACAUGUAGCUGAAUAUUUAAAAUAAAUAUGAAUGUACUUUAUGGUUGGAUGGAUGUUUUAUGUUUUUAUGUGUACUGCACUAUUAAUAAACCAGUUUGCUUGUU